AUGAAUGUAGAUUUAUGCCGGCAUCCUGGCUCAUUUGAAUGCUUGUGUAUACGUUGUGGGCAAAAGAUCGAUGGUGAUUCUGGUUUGACAUUUGGAUACAUACACAAGGGACUAAGACUUCAUGAGGAGGAAAUUUCUAGAGUGCGAAGCUUACACACACGGAAUUUAUUAAACCGUAGAAAGCUUUGCUUGGUUCUGGACUUAGAUCACACACUGCUAAAUACCACUUCCCUUCAUCGUUUGAGCCCAGAAGAAAUGCAUUUAAAAACCUGUACAGAUUCUCUAGAAGAUAUCGCCAGAGGUAGACUCUUCGUAUUGGAGCAUAGGCAAAGAAUGGCCAAGUUGAGGCCCUUUGUCCGCACAUUUCUUAAAGAAGCAAGUAAAAUGUUUGAAAUGUACAUCUACACCAUGGGUGAUCGGCGGUACUCAUUAGAGAUGGCCAGGCUGCUUGAUCCUCAAGGGAAAUUCUUCAAAGAUAAGGUGAUUUCUCGAGAUGAUGGGACUGAAAUGAAGGAGAAGGAUCUGAAUCUUGUGUUGGGGACAGAAAGUUCUAUCCUAAUUCUUGAUGAUAAUAAAAAGGUAUGGCGGAUGCAUAAAGAUAAUCUGAUAUUGAUGGAGAGAUACCACUUUUUCAAUUCAAGUUGCCAGGAAUUCGACCUCAAUUGCAAAUCACUUGCUGAGUUGCAUAUUGAUGAAAAUGAAACUGAUGGAGCGCUUGCCAGAAUUCUCAAAGUGCUUAGACAUAUCAACUCCAAAUUCUUCGAUGAACUUCAAGGAGAUCUUGUCGAUCGAGAUGUGAGGCAGGUUUUGUCAUCACUUCGAGGUGAAGUCCUAAGCGGAUGUAUAAUCGUUUUCAGUUGUGCUUUUAAUGGUCAUGACUUACGAAAACUCAGGAGGAUAGCAGAGCGGUUAGGAGCUACUUGUUUGACAGAACUUGGCCCCACUGUGACACAUGCAGUUGCUAAUGAGUUGGUAACUGAGGAGUCCAUGUGGGCAGAGAAAGAAAAUAAGUUUUUGGUUAAUCGUCGAUGGCUAGAGGCUUCAAAUUUCUUUUUGCAAAAGCAGCCUGAGGAGAACUACAUUGUCAGGAAAACACAAUAG